AUGUCGGAGGAAGCAGUGCUCAAGGCCGACAAGGAUUAUACCGACAUUCUUGAUGCCCAGCUCCCGGGGUGUUUGGAACUUGCAAAGACAAACCUCCCAGCGGCUAUUGAAAAGCUCCUAGCGUUGGAGAAACAAACUAGACAGUCCAAUGACUUAGCCUCUACCUCUCGACUCCUCAUCACCAUAGUAACGCUAUGCAAAGAUUCCGGUGACUGGAAACUUAUGAACGAGCAUGUCCAAAUGCUUUCAAAGAAGCACGGACAGCUCAAACAGGCCACUACUAAGAUGGUACAGGUUGUGAUGGGUUUCUUGGACGAGACUCCGAACAUUGACACAAAGCUUUCCGUCAUCGAAACGCUGAGGAACGUUACUGAGGGCAAGAUCUUUGUCGAAGUCGAACGAGCCCGUAUAACCCGUAUCCUUGCGAACAUCAGGAAGGAAAGAGGCGAUCUUGCUGGCGCCACCGAUGUCCUGUGCGAGCUCCAGGUUGAGACCUUCGGAUCCAUGGAUCGGCGGGAAAAGACCGAGUUUAUCCUCGAACAGGUCGAGCUUUGUAUCGAACGUGGAGAUUUCACACAAGCGGCGAUCCUUGGGAGAAAGAUAUCGACAAAGUAUCUCAACAAUCCCGAGGUCUCGGACUUGAAAUUGAAAUUCUACGAUCAGCAGAUUCAAUUGGCGAAACAAGAUGAGAAGUACUUGGAUGUCUGCAAGCAUUAUAGAGCUGUGUAUGAUACGCCCAGUGUAGUAGAGGACCCGCUAAAGCUGAAGAGUGUCCUUGAAAGAAUCAUUUUCUACGUGUGUCUUGCGCCAUACGAUAAUGAACAAUCUGACCUCCUUCACCGAAUUAAUGCCGAUACUAAACUCAAGCUUGUCCCAAAGACAGCUAGCCUCCUCAAAUUCUUUACUAUUUCUGAGCUGAUGCGUUGGCCUCUUAUUGCCGAAGUUUACGGCCCUGAUCUUCGCGCAACUGAUGUUUUUGCUAUUGGUGAUUCUAAAGCCGAAAAGCGCUGGGAAGACCUCAGGAAACGGGUUAUUGAGCACAAUGUUAGGGUUGUCGCCAAGUACUACACCAGAAUCAAGAUGGAUAGAUUAAAGAUGCUCUUGGAUCUCGAUGAAGAUGAAGCAGAAAGCUAUCUGAGUAAGCUUGUUACUCAGAAGACGGUAUAUGCGAAGAUUGAUAGACCGGCGAGGGUCAUAUCGUUCGCCCAGCCAAGAGACGCAGACGAUGCGUUGAAUGAAUGGAGUGCGAAUAUGAAGAGUCUUCUGGGUCUUUUGGAACGGAUUGACCAUCUAAUCACGAAGGAGGAAAUGAUGGCGAAUAUCGCACCUAAAAAGGGCAAAGGCAAGGCGAAAUAA